UGGUCAGCGAUGGUCUUGCGUCGAUCAGCUGUGCUGCAAUUACAGCUGCACAAAGACGUCCAGCCGACAGGGCAAAUUACAUUCAACUAAACCACGGGUCUACAGCAGCGAAAAUGUCUCAUCAGGCAGAGUUUGACAAGAUUGCAGAGGAUGUGAAAAAGGUAAAGACGAGGCCUACGGAUGAGGAGCUGCUGGACCUGUACGGCCUUUAUAAGCAGGCAGUUGUCGGAGACAUUAACACAGAAAGACCAGGAACGCUGGACUUUAAAGGAAAAGCCAAGUGGGACGCCUGGAGCUCCAGGAAAGGAAUGUCCAAGGAUGAUGCCAUGUCAGCCUACAUUACACUUGGAAAGGAAAUCAUCAGCAAAUAUGGCCUGUAAGAUUUGCAAUAAACUGAAGAAGAAGCCGAGUUAAUGCAAAAAACAACUAUAGUCUACUAACUGAAUUACUAAAACAUUGCUGCUGACUAUAUAACAAGUAGCCUUCUGCUUUCAGAGGCCAUAAAUAUGCAGCAUAAAGUGUGAUUUAAUAUUUCUCCAUGGUUUGUCUUUUGUUUACAUAGUUUAUUCUUAUUCAUUUAUGCAAUUGAACUCCCAUGCAUCCUUUAAGGUUAAAAUAUAAAAAAAUUCUAAUUGCUAUUUUAUCUAAUUUAUAUAGUUAAUUGUUAUAAUCCACAUGUAUAAGAAAUAUAUAAGUUCAAGUUCGAGGCUUUUAUUUGUCCCAGAGGGGCAGUUGGUUCUGCAACAGUAGCAAUAAAACAACAACACACGGCGAGACAAACAAAACAAAAUAUUAUAUAGAUCUAGUAUAAUAAUGCCUGUACACUUUGAUGUGUAGCUUGAUUCCUAAUCAGAACAUGACUAAUUAAAUGCUGUCAAAUCUGAACAUUCUGCAAAUAUUUUGAAAAUAAAACCUCUUUCUGAAAUGUU